UUUUUCCUUUUUCUUUUUUUUUCUUAAAAAAACCAGAAUCGAAUUUUUUAUUGUAGUAAUUGAAGUUUAGUUAGUCGCUUCUUCUUUACAAACCUCCUCCUUUUUCUUUUAAAAACUAAAAAAUCGAUUUUUUUGUUUUUAUAUAAACGUUUACUCUUUGUAACGUUUUUAUUUUAUAUUUUUUUUACCACUUUUUUAUUUACACGCACACUGAACAAUUUGAAUUUAAUUAUGACUGAAUCUGACGAUUAUUUGCUUUUAUCUGAUUCUCCCAGUAUUUUUGGAAAGGAUCAUUUACUUGCUAGCUUCCUUCAAGAUAAUCAUUGUCAGCAACAGUUUUCACCAUCGUCUGUCAUCGAUACAACUUUUCCUUCUCCUGCUUCAUCUACUGAUUCUCUUGACAGUCCAGAGACGAUCCAUUCUAACUUCUCUGUGAUUGACCCAACUGUCUUGCAAAAUAUUCCUAUUUCUCUUCUUCAGUCACUUGCUGCCAUUUAUGACCAGAAUAGUAAUAGUAAUAAUAAUACUCUAGAGAAUUUAGAUCAAUUUGUAAAGUUUGAUGAAGAAAAGAAGAAUACAAUUUCUUCUACUAUGGAUGUUAUAACAACACCGCCUAUUACUCCUUCUUCUGUCCAUCAAAAGUUACCUCAGCAUAAGUCGAAAGCAUAUCGACCUCCUCGACAAUUAGAGUGUUACAAUUGCCAUGUUACCAAGACUCCACUUUGGCGACGUACUCCUGAUAGAGCUCACUCUCUUUGUAAUGCUUGUGGUCUUUAUUACAAGCAAUAUGGUACUCAUCGUCCUCUUCAUGUUCGUCAAAAGCAACAACAAUCCAAUAAGCAUCAAGCAACUGUUAAUGCUACGAGUCCUAACUCUAUUGUAAAUGCUGCUACUACUGUUGUUGCUUCUGCUUCUGCUUCUGCUGCUACUGCUACUACUACUAACAGUGACUUGAUGGCUACUCAUUUACUUUCUAUCCUUAAUCAACAAGAAUGCAAUCGUUGCCAUCAAUUGAACGCUCAAAAGAACGAUCAAGGUGAAUUCGUUUGUCCUGCUUGUGAUAUUACUAUCAAGUUAGAACAAAGUAAACAAACAGCCUUACCUAUUGAUGUAGCCACUUCAAAUAACAAGAAGCGUAGUCGUGAAGAAGAAGAAGAAGAUGUAAAUAAGCAAGUAAACAAGAAAGUAGCUUUGUUUCCACCUGUUGCGCAACAACCUAAGGAAUGGACCGAAAUUGAUGACAGUCGUUUUAAAUCAUUGCUCAGUCGUAUGAAUACGCAACAAAUGCAUGGAUUUUUAGACAUGCUUGAACGCCGUUGUGCUAUUUUACGUUCCAUUCUUCUUUCUCAACAGGAAUGAUUUUUUAUGUACAUUUAUUUCCUUCCCCUUAUAUUUUUUACUUUUUAAGGUUUAACCCUUUGGAUAAACCUUUUUGUAUAUGUUCAACACAUAAAAUUAUAGUUAUUUGUAAUAACUUUAAUAUUUUUUAUAUAAUUUGUUUUUUUUUAUAUACGUUACACUUUAUUUUUUUUUCUUCUUUUUAUACCGUUCAACACUUAUUUAUAAAAUAAUAAACCUUUUUUUUUUUUUUGUUAUUCAAAGACAAGUUAUUCUGCCAUUUCACACAUUAAAAAGAGAAAUUGUUGAGUAAUAAAGUUUAAUUUGGUAGUCAUUUAAGG